UUAGAAUGGUGGAUCGACGAGGUCAAUGCAGAAAUUCAAGAAUUGAAACGCAUAGGAAAAAGAAGGUGGUUGAAGGAUAAAAAAUGCGAUAAGUUGGACAAGUUGCGUAAAGAGCGAGCUAAGUACCGGGCGAGGUUACGCAAACUCGUGUCACAUACGGAGGAGUUCGUUGAAAAAGAGCCCCUAUUUGUGUUCGAUCCGUCGGGCUACAUUAAAGACAUGGUCGUCGAGAUCGUGGUCGAGCCGGUCGAGUACGAGGAUCCACCUUCACUCGGUGACGGGUUCGUGAACGAGGAAGUUGCGAUCGACUACUUAGGUCCAUAUAUUUCCGAUGCAUACCACGAUGAUAAACUCAUGGACGUCGAAGAGGCCGCGAUAGCCGAGGACAGAGAAGAGACUUUGGUCGAUCCACAAAGCAAAGAGCGGAGAGAAGAAAGAAAAGCCAUGGCCAACAAGGAGAUGAAGGAUAAGAUUGAUAAUCAUGACAUCCAGAUGCGGAGUAUGAGGGAGGUUAUUGAAGGAAGGCUUGGAUCGCUUGACGAAAGUCAAAACAAUACCAACGCCGUCGUCACACGACUCGAACAGCGAUUAGAGGAAGUUUUGCGUGCGCUCCAGCAACAACCACCUCACCGCGACGAUCCCCCAAGGCGCGAACCCCGCCGGCACGAUGAGCACGCCGAUCGCACACCAUCCCCACGGCGCGAGGAUCGAUACGAGCAACGGCGCGCACACGAACAGGAGAAGGGUCGGCGACGCGAGCGAUGCGAACACGAGGAGGAUUUCGAUCAGCGGUCGCAAGCGUCCACCUACCGUGAGCGGCCUAAGCCCGACAAACCGAGGUUCGUAAUGUCCAUCUUCACGGAUAGUGAUCCGGAGGCUUGGCUCAACCGAAUCUCGCAAUAUUUCGAACUGAAUGAAACCGACAGCCACGAUCGAGUAAGGUACGCAACAUUCUACUUAGAUGGUGAGGCAAACGUAUGGUGGCAGUGGCUUUCCCGGAUCUACCGUAGGCGGCAACAGGUCAUUACAUUGCUGAUUUUGAGAGAGAAUUGCUUACUCGAUUUGGCACGUCCGAUUACCAUAAUUAUAAUGAGGCUCUCGCACGAAUCCGACAGACAGGCAAUUUGCGUGAAUACAUCAAGGA